AUGGCCUUUCUCCAGGCCCAAGCCGCAAAAGAAGUAUUUGCGCACGUCAUUGUCGGAAACACUCAAUCACUCUCCCAGCAGGACUGGGAAACGGACAUGAAGCUCGCCAAGAGCCUGUCCAUUGACGGCUUCGUAUUCAACGUCGGCUUCGGCGACGACGCCAACGACAAGACACUAGCGACCGCUUUCAAGGCCGCCAACGCUCAGCAGUUCAAGGGCUUCCUGUCGCUCGACUACCUCGGCGGUCCAAAGCAGGCCUUUCCCAAGGCCGACGCCCUAGCGCUAGUCCAAACGUUCGCGGCGGACCCGGCCUACUUCAAGGUAGACGGCAAGCCCUUUGUCUCGACCUUUGAAGGUCCCGCCGCCGCCGGUGACUGGCCCGACAUCAAGAAGGCCACCAACUGCUUCUUCGUGCCCGACUGGUCGUCGCUCGGCGCCCCGGCUGCCGUGGCGGCGGGUGGCGGAGUCGCCGACGGGCUCUUCAGCUUCGACGCGUGGCCCAACGGCGACGCCAACAUCACGACGAAGCCCGACAAGGACUUCCAGGCGGCGCUGACGGGUGGUAAGAAAUACAUGAUGCCCGUGUCGCCGUGGUUCUUCACCAACCUGCCGGGGUUCAACAAGAACUGGAUGUGGCGCGGCGACAACCUGUGGGACACGCGCUGGGCCCAGGUCAUGGAGGUCAACCCGGACUUUGUCGAGAUCCUGACGUGGAACGACUGGGGCGAGUCGCACUACAUCAACAACGUGCGCGUGUCUGAGCUCGGCCUCUUCGACAACGCCAACGCCCCCGUCAAGUACGCCGCCAACAACCCUCACACGGGCUGGCAGAAGUUCCUGCCCUUCUAUAUCGCCCAGUACAAGGCCGGCGGCAAGGCCCCCGCCAUCACCAAGGAGGACGCCUACAUGACGUACCGCAAGACCAAGGCCACGGCCUGCCCGUCGGGCGGCACCACGGGCAACAACAAGGCCUUUGGCAACCCGCCGCAGGUCGAGGUGCCGCCCGAGACGCUCGUCGAGGACAGCGUCUUCUUCGCCGCGCUGCUCAACUCUGACGAGGGCGUGACCGUCGAGGUGACGUUCGGCGGCGCCACUGGCGCGGCGGCGCCCGGGGGCGGCGCCAACGGGACGGCGGCCACAGCAGCCUUCACCCAGGCGCCCGCCGGCGGCAAGGGCACCCCCGGCGUCUACUUGGGCGCCAUCCCCAUCGGCGCCAACACGGGCGCCGUCACCCUGACAGUCAAGCGCGCCGGGGCUGAGAUCGCAAAGGUCACCGGGCCCGCCAUCACCACCACGUGUGAGGGCGGCGUGCAGAACUGGAACGCUGUCGCUAUAUGA